UCGUCUCAGCAGGAGGAGGGACAGCUUGUUGAAGGCUAGCCAUUACAUGUUGAUAGAUGCUUCCGUGCAUUUUCAAGAUCACGCGCUUUUAAUUGGAGUCUAAUCGACAAGUUUGGUGUUGCAUGGUGUAUUUCCUUUAUUGAUUUCGAAAGUAUGUCGCUUUUACAACGUUAGUUUUUAAGUGUUCAAGUUGACCAAGCAUGUCUUUAUCACUCACCUGGAACCUGCAAUGGAUUGUUUGAAGUUUAAUUCCUCCAGUAAGACAUUGCAUCAAACAAAACACCAGUUAAUAAUUUACUUCGUCGCUCCAUGUGUUUUCAUUCAUAAAUAAUGCGGAGGACGUCACGCCUCCUGCUCCAAACAUGUUCGAACGCGAUGCUUAUAACGGAAUUAUUGAGGAAAUUGCGACUGUGUAUUGAAGGUUAAUAGUGUGGAUGUUAGGCGAUUGUGACGUGGAUCUUCCUUGACAAAUUUCAAGGGAGGGAGAGAGCCCACAGCGGGAGGGACGAGGGGAGGGACAUAUAAGGAGAGAGAGACAAGAGAAGGGACAUUCUGCUUCAGUAACACAAGUAAAACAAUGACUGAUGGAGAAAUGUGUGAGAUGUAUUAAAUAAUUCCGCUGUCACGGACCCUGUAUACGGUAGGAACACUGGUGCGACCGAUGAUGGCUGUCCUUAGAAAGUGGUGUUUGAUGUGAACUCCAAGAGAAAUCCGAUACGGAGGCUGGGCCUGGAAGUAUUUUAAACAGGACAUUCCGUGUCGGAUAAAACGAUGGGAACGUUCGAGGAGACUACGGUGCAGGACGUUAUAUACCUUGUACCUAUGUAGAGGACUACUUGUUUAUGGAUCAGCGUAUUUCGUUUUGUCCUUGGAGUGACCUCAACAGACAUGGUGUGUAGCGGUCAAAUGAACUUUGCAGGAAACAGUGGCAUCACAUCAAAUCUUUGUGUGAAUGAUGUUCGGACAUGCGCAGACUCAACAGAAUAUUCACGUACAAUCACGUGACAAACAGGUUAAGGAUAUGGUGAAAAAGAUGGUAUUAAAUUUGGAGCAUCUCCAAGGUAACCUACAACAAGUAGUCAGCGAUCUCAGAACACUGGUGGAACAGAUAGAUUCUGUUACUACGAAAAUUGACAAAACGUACGGCACAAAAUGGCGACGCGAGGAAAAACCACUAUCAUCCAAAACUGCGCGUUCACCAUCAAAUAUCCCUAAAAGAACAGAUGACGUUAAGCGUGACCUUCUACGUGUAGAGGAAACGAGAGCGUGUGACGCAUCUCCUGACCUUGACCUUUCUUAUUUACAAAUCACCCCAGGUGAGCACCGGUCAAGGUGGGGUAGAUCAUUAGUGUUUUCUGACCCUUUGAAUAUCUCUAGCAAUGCCGAACGAACACCAAAACGGUCCUUGUCUUUAGGUACCGAUAUGGGUGACUACGCAGGCGCACCAUUACUUGAUCUACUACAGCACGAAUCCGCCUGUAUCGUACCCCACCCGGCGCCAAAACGUUCCAUAUCUGUCAACACGGAUAUGACUGACAAUAGCGGCGUGUCUGUUCAGACCUGCAUUCCUGUACCUGUUGCUAGGUGUUUCGCGCAAAUCAAACACGACGUUGUUGAGGAGGAAAUGUCAAAGCAGAGACCGGAAAUAGAUAUUACUCCUGAAUCAAAAUCCUCCGGAGAAAACAUCGUGUGUAAACCUGAAAUAACGGUAGAUAUAACGCCGGGCGAAGUGACUACUGAAUUAUUUGGUUUCGGGGCCGAGGCAAGUGGUAACAGCGCCUCUGGGGGAGGGAUACCUUACGAUUUGUUGAACUCAAAGAUCGUCAAUGUUGACAGCUCGAGCGAGCAUGGUUCGUACAGCACCGAGGACUAUGACGGUAUGUACGAGCGGUUGAUGGAGAACGAACUCGAGAACAUGUCGGCGUCAUCAGAUUGUACGGACCUUACGGAGUCGUCCGAGUACAACAUGGACCUAGGUAGUCUGGACAAGAGUGACACUACCAGUUUCUCAGACGAUAUCGAGGUUCGAUACGACCGUGACAUUAAUACAUGGACGUCAUACACUUUGGCACAUAUGAACAGCUCCGCGAGAAGUUCCGAUAGCUGUCUUUCGGAAACUCCUUCAGAUAUACUAAAUGACAAUACUCAGGCAACUGUUAUGUAUGGAAAUAUGAUAUUUUCAGACCAGCUGGUGGUUCUUAACUCCCGGAAACACCGGCGUAAACGAGUCCAGAGGGAUCACAUUGUGAAUAAUGCUGUUGAUAUACCAUAAUCACGUCCUAGUCUUGUGCUUCUGUCGUGAAAUUGUCCCUUUCUUAUCAUUCUUUCUCAAAGGGAAGAGUGAUAUCAGUUAUAUUUUGAAGAAUAUGUUGUCAUUUUUGUGCAAUUUCGUAUGGAUUUUUCAGAAAUAUUUAAAUAAUCUAACUGUGAAUGUCCAGAGAGUCUAUCUAUGGCCUGAUAUAACCGGGCUUUAGGUAUGCCGUUACGAAGGGAGUAGACACAUAGCGGUUGGCAUACAAAUUUGUCGUACUUAAGAUGUAUUCCAUUCGAUUUAAUAUUGGAUCGAUCUGAGAAGAAUGUUAUUAAGACAAUUAUAUGCCAUUAUCGGUUCUCUAUAGGAUUGUUAACACUUGUAUGGAGACAUACUUGUGACAUUAGCAAUCAUUGGAUUCUGUUAUUGAGGAUCACGCUCGUUCGGAAAUCUUCGGUAUCCAUCGAAUAAAUUUGUGUAGAAACAG